AUUUGUCACAAUUUAAUAUACUCUUUAAUUGCAAUAUCAUCAAGCAAUCCUUGGCUAGAAAUAUGUUUAAUUUGUGAUUCUAUGGACCUCAAAAAUAAUGAACAUUUAUCAAAUGAUUCUACUGAAAUAUUCAAUAACGAUGAAAUAUGUGAAAUAAAUCAAGAUGAAAUGCUUGAAAUGGACGAGGGCAUUAAAGAAACUGAGCAAAAGCAUGCACAAUUGUCACAAGCAUUACGCAUUCUUGACGAAUCCAAAGGUUUUUCUAACUACCAAAAAUUUCUGAACAAUAUGGAAACGAAGAUAACCCCACUUAAGAAGUUAGUGGAAGAUAUUAUACACUAUGAAAAUAAGCACAAACUAUCACGAACUUGGAAAGAUA